CGCAGCGAGGGGGAGCGGCAGGAAGACGCAUGACAGCAGAGCUGGGAAACGAAACUAGGAAAGACAACCCCAGACAAACACACGUAAAGUACCUGAGGAGUUGGUAUUCCGGAUCUCGCGUCUGCCCUGAUGGUCAGCCUCCCGUCGUAUGGUCCAGUCGUCCGCUGAACAUCUGGGUCGGAGCACCUGAACUUGUGGACCUCGGAAGAAGCGACAUAAGUCUGUUUCUACAUCGAGCUCUUAUUCCUCAGUGUUCAAAGAUGGACCCGGAGAGACAGAAACGAAAGAAGGAGAUAAAGAAAGCUAUGGCCUUCAUAGAGUCUACUCUUGCUUAUCCAGACCCGAACAGCUGCGAGGUCAUCGUGUCCCAGCUGGUGUUCAACCUGCUGUCGGAGGGCAACGCGCUGUUCAGGGAGGGGGCGUGGCCCGCGGCGGCGGUCCAGUUCAGCGAGGCUCUGGGCGUGGUGCGCUACGCCGCCUCUGAGGAGAUGGACGUCCCCCCCGCCCUGGUGGAGAGCCUGUACGUCAACCGGGCCACGGUGUACCACCGCAUGGGUGAGUUUGCGUGUGGCGUGGCGGACUGCGACCAGGCCCUGGGGGUGAACGAGGGCAGCAGCAAGGCGCUGUUCCGGAAGGCGCUGUGCCUGAAGGAGCUGGGGCGGCACCGGGAGGCGUACGACUGCACCACCGACUGCCUGCUGCUGGACCACCCGGAUAAGCAGGUGGGCGAGCUGGCCCAGGAGCUGGCUCUGAGUCUGGGUCUGAGGAACAGGAAGGCCUAUGUGACGACCCAGAAGGGGAACGUUGUUGGGAACGUCGUUGGGAACGGUUUGGGGAACGGUUUUGGGAACGGGAGUCCAUCAUACGGCACAGCCCAUUUUUCUCCCAGCAUGCUCCGCUCGGCCUCAGCCCAGCCCAGCAGCCCCGUGACCUUUGGUGACCUCCCCCUGACCUCACGACCUCAGCCCAACACCCCCGUGACCUUUGGGGACCUCCCCUUUACCGCCGCAGCUCAGCCUAGCACCACCUUGACCUUUGGUGACCUUCCCCCCCGCCCCUUCAAACCCCAGGCCACCCCCGCCUGCGAGUUCCCCACCGGCAUGUUCCCCACGGGCCCCGCCCUCACAGGCCCCACCCUCACAGGCCCCGCCCCCGAGGCCCCCGCCCUCACAGGCCCCACCCCCAAGGCCCCCACCUUCACAGGCCCUGCCGCCACGGGCCCAGCCCCCAAGGGCCCCGCCCCCAAUGGCCCCGCCCCCAAGAGCCCCGCCCCCAAUGGCCCUGCCCUCAGAGGCCCCGCCCCCACGGGCCUCACAGGCCCUGCCCCCACGGGCCCCGCCCUCACAGGCCCCGCCCCCACGGGCCCCAGCCCCAUGGCCCCCACAGGCCCCAGCCCCAUGGCCCCCACAGGCCCCGCCCACAGGGCCCCUGCCCCCCGGGGCCCCGCCCACAGGGCCCCUGCCCCCACUGGCUCCGCCCCCACGCCCCCCCCGGGGGCCGCCCCCGACCCGCUGGAGGACUUCGAUCUGACGGGGGAGGACCUGGACAGCCUGCUGGACGGCCUCCCUCCCCAGCCCCACCUCUCCCCCACCCCGGACAGCCUGGACCAAUGGGAGGGCAUCCUGCCGGACCCCCGACCGGCCCCCCGACCGGCCCCCCGACCGGCACCGGGCCGCAGGGUCGACCGUCACCCUGGACAGGGGCCCUUCACAGAGAGCCUGGACACCCUGGACCAGCUGGACUCCCUGGACCAGCUGGACCAGCUGGACACCCUGGACCAGCUGGACUCCCUGGACCAGCUGGACCAGCUGGACUCGAGGGGGACCCUGGACCAGCUGGACUCCCUAGACAAGCUGGACUCCCUGGACCAGCUGGACUCCCUGGACCAGCUGGACUCCCUGGACCAGCUGGACCAGCUGGAUGACUUCGAGGUGGUCCAGCGGCGAGGCGGUGGUGGGGCCCCCGGAGCACAUGAGGCUGAGACCGCGGACCAGGUCCUGGACGGGUCCCUGGACCAGGUCCUGGACGGGUCCCUGGACCAGGUCCUGGACGGGUCCCUGGACCAGGUCCUGGACGGGUCCUUGGACCAGGUCCUGGACGGGUCCCUGGACCAGGUCCUGGCCGGGUCCCUGGACCAGGUCCUGGACGGGUCCCUGGACCAGGUCCUGGAGAGCCUGCAGGGCGCCUCGGGUUCGGAGCCCCAGGCUGGAGGUCUCCCCAGGUCCCUGGACGUCCUGGACUCCUUCUCCCCCCUGGAAGAGGACCCCCACAGACCCGGCGCCAAGUCGUCCCCAAAGCCUUCUGCCAAACCAAGCCCUAAAAAGGGAACCAAAGCUUGGAACCCACUGGACUCCACCCACAUGUUCCUGAGGGCCUGCUCCGUCUGUUACUCCCGACAAGGGCGCUCGGUCUACUCCUUCGUCCACACCCCCGAGCUGGUCCAUGACUGCCGGCAGGACCUCCUGCUGGGCCGGCGGCGGGACGACCCCUCCCCCGCCUGGACCCGGGUGCGGCCCCUCCCCCUCACCCGACCCUUCACCGGGAAGUUCAUGCUGUGCAAGGAGCUGCUGAACUCCGGCGUGGUGGGGCUCUGCAAGUACGGCGAGAUGUGCACCUUCGCCUUCAACCAGCUGGAGGUGGAGGUGUGGACGGAGGAGAAGAGCGGCGCGCUGGACCGCGGCACGCUGUUUGGGCCGCGGGCCCCCGGGGGCCCCCCAGGGGCCCGCGUGGCGCAGCUCCUCCAGGAGCACAACGGCAGCUUCCUGUUCCUGUGUGAGAGAUGUUACGACGGUAAGCCCCGCAUCACCAGCCAGCGUUCCCGUGACGACGGCGUCUCCUGCUCCAACCCCGACGCUCGCCACGACUUCAACACCAACAGGUGCCUGGUGUACGUCACGGGCCCCGGCGGCAGUGUGGGCUACAGGAAGGUGCGGGCCCUGGCCCCCGACCACUGCAUGGAGCUGUGCCGUCACGCGGCGCGAUACGGCUGCCAGCUGGAGGACGACUGCCUGUUCGCCCACUCCCCGCUGGAGCUGAAGACCUGGGCCCUGCAGCGCACCUCGGGUAUCACCCCCGAGGAGAUCGUGGCCUCGUCCGUCAAGUAUCACAGGGAGCGAGAGCUGGACACAAAGAGGACAAACCCCCUGUCCCCCAGAGGGUCCGUGGGGGGGGCCGAGGGGGGUGGGGGGGCUAUCAGCAAACCGAAGGCUGGGGGGCGGUCCGGCGGCGGGGGGGGGGGCAGCCAGGGCCUGAAGCUCAGGCUGCGGUUCAUCUGCGGGCGCUGCUGGCACCACGGCCUCAUCACGGAGCCCGACAAGGCCCUGAAGUACUGCACGGCCAGGGGCCGGCACAGCUGGACUAAGGAGGGGCGCGUCCUGUUGGUCAUGUCUCCAGAGAGGCACAAGUGGGUGCAGGUCCGACAGCUGCCCUCCGCCAAGAACUACCCCUUCCAGUACGAUAUCUGUGGCCAGAUCCAAAGAAGCGGGAAGUGCAACUACACAGGAAACUGCACCUUCGCCCACAGCGAGGAGGAGAAGGAGCUCUGGACCUACAUGAAGAACAACGGCCUGAGGGACGUCCAGCAGAUCUACGAGGUCUGGCUGAGCGUGGCGCGCCUCGGGAAACAGACCGCCGACGCCCCGCCCCGCCCCCCCGCCGCCGCCGCCGCCGCCCCCGCCGCCGACAACAAGAACAUCGUCAUGCCGACCGACUACGCUGAGCCAAUGAGCGGCUUCUACUGCCGUCUGUGCGGGCGCCAAAGCAACAGCGAGCGCCAGUGGCAGCAUCACAUCGCCACGGAGAAACACAAGGACCGCGUGUUCAGCGCCGAGGGGGAGGAGCUUAGCCUGAGCUGGAGCCACCGCUUCCCCGGGCUGCACUUUGCCCUGUGCCCCAGGCUGGACAGCGGCUGUGCGGAGGGCGUGUGCUGUGACUCCGCCCACAGCCCCGAGGAGCUCCAGGAGUGGCUGCAGAGGCGGGACUUCCUGCGCAGGAGGCUGGCCCAAGCCCGCGAGGAGCUGCUCAUCCUGCCCGACGACGCAGACUUCGGGAAGUUCAACUUCCUCCUGCAGGACUGAGGAGCGGGCGCCGGUCCGGGGGUCCGGGG